AGCAGCAACACCAACAGCACCAACAGCAACAACAACUGCAGCGGCAGCUGAAGUUGGCGUCGGCAUCGAUACUGGGAACGGCAUUGAGAUGCUGAAGGCACUCUAUGAUUUUCAGGCGGUUUAUCCCAAGACGAUUAGCUUCGAUGAGGGCGAAUAUUUUAUAUUGUAUCAGACAUCCGCACGCCAGCGUAACUGGUGGCAGGUGGUUAGCAUGAAGGGCAACAUUGGCUUUGUGCCAUCAAAUUACGUAAUGAAGAUUAAGGUGGAACAUGAUUUUCUCAUCAGUUUUCUCAACUCAUCGAUUGAGUCGCUGGAGAAGUGCACUGAUCCAGAGAUAAAUGGCAUCAUGUCCAAGGAUGAGCUGCUCGACAGGCUGCGCGAAAAGAAGAACACCAUGGAGCGUCUCUAUGCCGAGAGUUGGGAGCGUGAUGGGGACUCGUCGCUGUCGUAUUCGCACAGCUGCAGCGACAAGCAGCAGCUGAGUGGCAGCCACAAUCAUUCGCAUCGGCACUCGCACUCGCACACGCAUCCACACCAGCUGCAUUCACACCAAUCGCAAGGGAGCAACAGUCCGCCUGCUAUGCAACGCCUGGACAUGAGCAAGAAGAGCAUGUCUAGUCCGGCGGUGGGCGGAAAAAUGCCGCACUCGAUGCCCGAAUCGCCCAGCAUGGGCAGCAUGCAGCAGCUCCAAAGCAGCAGUUGCACCAUACAGACGCCACAGCAGCAGCAACAGCAGCAGCAGCAGCAGCAGCCGUUGCCAGCGCCUCCGCUAGUGGCCAGCACAUCUGCAGCAGCUGCAGCUGCUCAAGCACAAGCACAAGCGCAAAAGGUGUCCGCAUCCGUUUCGGAUGUGACGCAGGACAACAGCAUUACCUCGGAGCCAUCGGAGACGACAACGACAACAACGACCACCAGCGAGGAUGUGGUGACCACCUACAAGGAGACCAGUCAGCUGAGCGCCAGCAACGGUGCAACAACAACAGCAGCAGCUGCAACCGCCGCAGCCGCCGUCGCCACAGCAACAACAGCCGCAGCAUCAGGUGCAGCAGCAGCAUCAUCAUCAUCUGCCGUCGCUGCUGCAUCGCACAAGCCGCACAAUGGCAGCAGCAGCACUGGUGCCACUGCCAGCCACGACGAGCCGCUCAGUCUGAGCCUCAGCCAGGGGGCGGAUAGUGCGGCCGACAAGUCCGAGGAGGCGAGCGAUGACGGCUGCAAUGGCUGCAUCGAUGCGGCCAACAACAGCGUCGACAAUAGCCAGGCGCUGGACGAAAGCAUCGAGAGUCCAUCGCUAUCGCAUCGCCUCGGUGCAGCGCUCGCUGCCGGCAAUGGCAAUGGUAAUGGGCGUGGCCAGCUUAAGGUUGAAUCAUCGGAUGUGUAUCAAAUUGUGGAUGCGUUGCGACGCAAUACGAAUCUUAGCUUUGAUUUGUCCUGCGAGGCGCUGCGCGUCGUGCUAACUAGCCUGGAGCAGCUGUAUAAUGGUGCCAUCAAUCCAUAUCUGGAGGCAGUCGCUGUGCACGUAACCGGCAAGGUGGCUACUCCCAAAGAGCUACUGGGCAUCACGCACGACUCGAAGCGGUUGCAGUAUCUGUUUGCCCAACUGGCCGAUUGUAAGAAUGAUACGGAGCAGCGCACCUGGAUGCUUUACGAGGAUGAGGAGGACAUUAUGCAUUUUCUCGAGGAGCUUGUUGAGAUACUGAACAAUGCGGAUGAGAACAUCAGCUGCUACGAGAUGUCGUGCGAUCAAUACCAGAUGUUCAUCAAUCUGGUGCAAUACUAUCAGAUGGAGACACGCUGGUCCAUCAAACACCUUUUGCUUAAGACUUUCACUGCUGCCUGUCACUUGGACCACAUCAUUGUUGACAUACUUCUAACCUCGGUUCUGCCCCUAGAGAUUGUAGAGGACAUGAAGACACACUUUGCCAAUUUGGAUCGCUUCAAGCAACUGGUCAAAAUGCUGACCGUAAUCUUCUCACUGGGACAGCUAAUGCCAGUUAAUCAUCAAGAUUACUUGGGCGUGCAUUUUGCCAGCUUUCUGCUGGAAAUUGUUGAGGGGAACAAUCCGGAGCUGCUGGUGGAUAUGGUAAUAGCCCUAAUACUGGCCUUUAAUCAGCAGUUCGGGGAGCAUACGGUCAAUGUGAUCAUUGAGGCCAUGCAGAAUCUGCCCACGGGCAAAGUGUUCACCGAGAAGCUAUUGCUAUUGCUCAAUCGUGAGGAUGAUCCGACGCGACUGCUCAAACAUCAUAAUGAAAAUAUGAAUACGGUGCUGCGUAUGUUUAUUGACAUAUUCAGUCAUGCGGAUACGGCUGGCAUGUUUUAUACGAAUGACAUUAAGGUGCUAAUAGACAUUGUGGUGCGUCAGCUUUCCGAUUUGGAUGCGGGCAGUCCGACACGUCCCUGCUAUUUGGAACUGUGCCGCCGCAUUUUGCGCAAUACAAAUUAUCAGGAACAUCAGCAUCGCAAGCAUGAUCUCAUGAAAAUCUUUACACGCAUCUUCUGCGAGGAGACCGAAUGCAGCGCAUCCGAUCAGCAGCUUGUGCGCGAGAUAGCCAACGAAUUUCCUCAAUUGUUUAAGGCAUAAACCUAACAAUGGAAACCAAAAUAUAAAAUAAAAUAAAAACAAAAAUAUAACGAACAUUAAGAAAACACUCCUAUAAACCAAACAAUGAAUAAGAAUGAAAAACGAAAACAAAAACCAAAUCCAAAAUGUAAAGCGUUGCUAGUGAGGCUACCAAAUGAAGCCAAAAAAUUGUUCAAUUUUAAUUUCAAAUAGUUUACAAAAAAACAGCGCAUCAGCAGGCAUUAGCAUUAUACAACUUUCGGAAAGCUUUAUCAAAUCCACUGCAUUUCACACUUUUACAAAAACAUAAUUAUACAUCUAGCUUAAUACUAAGUUUCGUUUUGACGGUCUCCAGCAAAUUGUUCAGUUUCAUGACAUUUCGUAGUGUAUCUUAUGAAGCAAAGGCAGCAUACAAGUUACGUAUGUAUGCCACCAUUAUAGAACUAUGACCAGUAUCUAUAUUUGCUAUAUACUAUA